UGUUCAUUUUGGCGCCUACCGAAGUAAGGUACCCCGCCAAGGGUCCUGUCCAGUGCUUCUCGGUGAGUUUGCCUUGCUUUCUUCACCGAAAAUAUUCUAGCUACAGCAUCGCCAUCGAGCAGCAGACAAUCAUUCCCCAUUGUCAACAUCGCACAUCCACCACCCCAAUGGCACCCACAGCGCCCCCGUCCUCCAAACCAUCCGCCCGCACCCUGCGCCACCAGCGCAUCACGGGCCAGAUCCAUCCCCUCCUUCCCAGCAAGCUCUUCCGCCCAGACGCCCAGGUCUCCGACAGCUUCAUCUCCUCCAAGCGCGACAAGCGAACCAUCAAGCACUCCUCCUUCCUCUCCAAGAUCCAGUCCACGCCCCAUGCGCCGAACCGCGUCGGCAAGAACAAGAGCGGCCACCGGCGGAACAAGCGACCGGGGAACAAGCUCACGGCGCUGGAUGGACUGGAGGAUGCCCUGCCGGAUGUGAGUGACGCCCCGGAGAUGGGCAAGGUCCGCGCGAGGAGUCUCAAGAGCCGACCGGGCGCGCUGAAGAGGAAGGAGAGGAUGAUGAAGAGCGAGAUGGAGCGGUUUGGGAUGAACAUGGCCAACCUGGCCAAGGUGGCCGAGCAAGCGCCGUCGAAAACACAAGAGGCAAAGGAAGGACAAGAGGUGAAGAGCAAAGAGGACCAAGGACGGGCGAGUCGAUGGGCAGCGUUGAGGGGGUACGUCUCGUCCACCAUGGAGCAGAACCCUGCGUUUGCGGACAAAUCGUAAGGUAGGGUCGGUUUGGUCAUGGUGUUACGGCUGAGGAUUUUUUUCACAUUUUUAUAGCAAGACGUAAGGCACGAACAGGUUGGAGUUAGGCGCUUGGUAUCAAAGCCCCAGGAGGCCAAUGCAUGCAAUUCAAAUAA